AAAAAAAAAGGUUGCCGCGUUGGGGGAAGGCAUGGAGAUAGCUGCGCUCUAAGCUGGUUAAGAGCUAGAACAAGAUCUAGAACCCCCCCCCCCCCUUUUUUUUUCCUUGACUCUUGAUCAUAGCUGCCUUAUGCGCAUCUAAACAUCGCGAAGAAUAAGAUGUUGUCCUACCUGCUAAAACUGGAAAAUUACUUCUAGAUCUAUGACUGGAUUUUCUCUUUAUUGCUGAAUGGUUACAGACGUUUCAAGUUGAAGAAUCAGGGGCAAGCAUACCUGCUAUUAUCAUCCAAUCUUCUUAUCGGUUUGCUUCAACAAAAGACUUCUACUACCUGUUCUACGCUAUGAGGCUACCUGGUGGGCCCGUCACUGUGUGUUCUGUAUGAAUGGUUCAGAACGGUGCUCAAAAUGUCGCUUACUUCUCCCUCAUUACCUGGGAAUAUAUGCAGAGUUGUAGCCCACCAAGCCAGGGACCUUAUAUACAAGGGAAAGGAAGACUCCAAUAAUGCCUUUGUGACGUUUACUCUCAACAAAAAUAAAUUUGCUACCUCAGUCUUGGAGAAGAUUCAGACACCAGUAUGGAAUGAAGAGUGUGAAUUUGUAAUAGCAGACCAAGGUGGAACUUUAGAACUAGUAGUCUGCCAUUCAGACUUUCUGCGAGAACGAUUUCUUGGCCGAGUAGAGAUUUCACUUAGUGCUAUAGCUGCAUCCUAUGGAAAAAGCAUAAAAAAAUGGUACAAGUUGCAGCCGAAAAAGGGCAAGGAAGCCAAGAAAAUAGGUGACAGGGGUCAACUAGAGGUCACAGUUCAAAUCUUGUACAGGGAAGAUAUAGGUCAGCAACAGGUCAAAGGUCAAGAGAAGAAACCAGCGUUACUCAACAUUUUACCCUCCCCAGCAUGGAGAAGAAGACAGUCCGGUACAUCUCCAGAGACAAAACGAAAAGAUUCAAGAAAAGAUUCGACAAAUGAAGACUACUUCUAUGACAUCAACAGAGAACUACAGUUUAAUGAUCCAGCCUUCUAUUCAGACGACUCUCAGUCAGUCGCCUCCUCGAUGAGCGAUGACUUCCGUACCAUUCACCAUCAACGGUACUCCACCCCCGAUGUCGUCGACCAAGCAAAGGAUCUGCGUUCACAGCCUCCUACCCCUCCCGUUCAGAAGCCACCUACUUCUAACAGGUUACGACCGGGAGGUUUGACCGGGUCGGCGAGGGGUAAAGGGGGAAUCGGAAGGAAUGUUAAGACAGCGUUGGGUAACAUCUCGAAGGCUCUGAGCAAAGAGCAUAUAGACAAGGUUGGGGUAAGUACACCAGACCUACGCUACGUAUCGUCCUCUUUGCCUCCCACGCCAAUCCACGAACAUGAACAACACCAUCAGCAUGGUACGUCAGCCCCGGAUGAACAGGAUGGUUUCCGCAACCCUGGGGUACACCUGGGCGUGUCCAGUCUAGGGGGUGCGUUGCUGGCGCCGCCCGCUUCCCUCCAGAGAGCCGUGUCGGAGGAGAGUUUGCUGAAAGAGAAGGAGGAGAGAGAGAAAGGAGAUGUCUCAGGUCUUGCAACAUUGCCUAGAGGAAGGCACGUGAAAAGAGAGAAUCGUCACAAGAAGGCGAUGAGUGCGUGCUUCACGGUGGAGGAAUUCAGUCAGGCAAACAAAGGUGACGUGACCCCUGACCUGCAGAAGACGACUCACGAGAGUAAAGAGAAGCAUACGAAGCAGAGUUCGACCAGCAAAUACGAUACGCUUACUAAACAGCAACUCGUUAACCUGGUCCAACAGCAAGAAUCCAUUUUAUCCGAUAAUAUUCAACAAAUCAAGGAGCUUGAAGCUUAUAUUGAGAAGCUUCUACUGCGUGUGAUGAUGGAGUCCCCAGAUCUUCUCGAUAUGAACCGUCCCAUCAAGUUUUGAUCGUUUCAUCAAGGUGUCUAUGACCCAACAGUAAAUAGGGUCAGAUGUGUUGCUUCAAACAAGAAAGAGGAAUCAUGGCGUUUCAUGCAUGAUUUCGUAUGCAUUAGACAGGUAACAGUAAUCAUCCGAGUUUGCAGGAUCCCAUACCUAAUCAAGAGAUAUAGGAUUAUGAUUCAUCAUGAAUAUUCAUGAAUUAAAAUUACACCAAUCUGCAUGUAUAGACUAUGUUAUGAAUAUUCAUGAUUGUUAUGAUCAUAGGAUGUAACAUGCACACAGCCUUGAUUAUGAAUAUUCAUAGCCACUGUAUUCAUCAACUGUGACCAUCUAUCUUCAUGUGAAGUCCAUCAACAGAAUUGAUAUAAUUGAUGAUGAAUAUUCAUGAAGAGACUGCGUUGCAUAGCAAGCGAGAAUGUGGAUGUACCUGCCAUUAAAAUGCAUACUCCAAAUAUACUUCAACUCGUUUCUUGCACUUUGCUGUAUUGAAGUCGAUGUCAAGUUGGCUGGAUCUGGGUUGUUCGAGGGCAUACUGGAUCAAACCGGAUCUUACUAGAUCAUACUCGAUCAUAGUGGUUCAAACUGGAUUGUACUGGGUUGUACUGGAUCUUACUAGAUCAUAAUGGAACCUACUGGAUCAGAGUGGAUCCUGCUGAAUUGUACUAGAUCAUACUGGAUCACACUGGAUUUUACCAGAUCAUACUGGAUCAUAGAACAAUGUAGAUUGCAGUGGAUCAUACUCGAUUAUACCGGGUUGUUCUAGAUCUUACUAGGUAUCAGGAUUGUUCGUACCAGAUCUUUAUCUCACCUAAUCUUACAUGACAAGUUUUCAUGAUCUGCUGAUCUUUGAAGCUGAAAAAUAUACAUGUACCUCAAACCACAAGGCAGGAAUGCACUAUUUAAUUGGAAAUGAGUCUACACUCUCUGGUACAAGGACCCAGUUUUACAGCAAUAUCAGGAAGAUAGUCUAAAGGCGACCUCACAACUUACGAUAGGUCUGAGACUCACUUUUAGAAUAAAAUGUAGUAGAAUUUGAUGGUAAUAUUGACCUUUGGAAUAUCUUACUGUGUAAUGUUAGAAAUCAUUGUACGAAUACCUAUGUUUAAAUCUGUGACUAUGCUAUCAUCUUUCUUAGCAUGAAAGCAAAUUUAAUAUCCAGUCGUACGAUUGGCUACGAUUUGAAACUAAUUUGGCCUUUACUCCAAAAUAAAGGCUUGCAAUCUUUCAAAAUGGUUAUAUUAGUAUUCUUUCAAUUAAUUUAAACCUCAAAUAGAAUGAUAUGUUCCAUUCACAUUUUCAGAAAACGAGCAAAAUGCGAUUUGUUCCAAAAAUCGGAUCGCGAACAGUCGUAAGGUGUGCGGUGGCCUUUAUUUUUACUUCAAACAGUACCUAUGAGCCUAUGAUCAAAAUACAUGUACAUGUAGGUCAACUAGGGGGUUGUUUGAGGGUCAGUCAUAUUUUUUUGAAAUCUUAUGUAAAUUGUGACAAAAAGGAUGAUGCUCUUUGCGUGUAAGUUCGUCUAAUGAUGCUUUCAAAUUUCAUUUUGUAAAAUGACAUUUGACAAAUGGUGAUGUUGAAUGUCAUCAUGUGAUUAAUCACAUGACGAGACAUGUGACUUGCUAUUCACUAUGCAUGCCUUAAUACCUGUUUCUGAUCAUUGAUUUAUGCCCAUCAUCAAUUUAUAAGAAUUUAACACUAAAGAUCAGUAUUGUCAUGUAGAUCUUUUCUAUGUGUUAUAAUUCUUAUAACUAUGCAGUGCCUAUAUCAUGAAAACCUUUAAAGCUUAUUAUUAUAUAGCAUACAUGUAGUACUCAAAAGUACACACAUACAUGUAUUCUGGCAAAAAAUGCAUGCCAGAAUGUAUACUAUCAAGUAUUAUAUUGCUCUUAUAAUAUGUUUUCUAGAAUGUAAAAAAUAUACCCAACCAGAUAGAAUGUCCUUUUUUUAUUACCUCUCUGUUAUUUUUUUUUAUUUUGUAUUCAUUCAAAUGAAAUAGGAUUAGUUUGCUCAGUGAACAGUAAUAAUAAUUACAUUAAACAGUUCUUGUAUAGUGCAUAUCACAAUAUAAUGCAAUGUCUCAAUGCGCCUCCAAAGACUUGGAUAUUGUUACCAUCGCUUUAGCUUGUCAGACGUUUUUCUUUUUAUUAGCGCAAAAGCAUUUCAAGUACUAAAGAAUUCCUGCCAGGUACCCAUUUAUCUCACUUGGGUUGACUGCAGCACAUUUCAAUUUCAUUUUGAAGGAAACUAUGCUGUGACUUUGAACCCAGAACUCUUAUGUUGCAAAGAGACCAAUCCACAGGGUCACAAUGCUCCACAUUUGAGACCUAUAUAAGCUCUCUUCAACAUUUUAUUUUGUUUAUUUGUUUAAAAAAACAGGGAAGCCCAUUCACCAAUGUGUUGGUCUCCCAUGGGGACCUGUGACAAUGUACAUAGCAUAACAUAACAAUUACAACAAUUCAUUUAGCAUCAUAAUAAGAGAUGCAUAGAUAAAUUGGUAAGUACAAAUAAAGCUAAAGUGGCAAGUCAAAACAUACCAUUAACAAUAAAAGUACAGUGAUAUAAAAAGCAGAUGACAUGAAAUUAUUAAUAUGUUGCCUCAGAGAUUCUUUGAAUCCCAUAUGUUUAACACAGGGGCCCCCUGUUCCUGUAAGCACCGGGUUAAGACGUGUAAUGUUACAAUUACAAUAAGUCGAAAUCUGUAAAAAAAAAAAAAAAAAACAUUGUAUUAAUCCGAUUCAUACAAUACAAACCUUUUAUUCUAAACCAGUACUAUUUCUGCUGAUACCCUAUUUAAACAUUCUUCAUCCAGUACUCCCGUUAUUUCAAGUUUUAUUUAUUAAUAUUUUAGUAUUUUGAAAAUAAGUUCUUGUCAUUCUUAUACAUAGGGCUGAUGUUUUAAAUGAGUCAACUUCACAGUGGGUGUCUAGCGUAUUCAAAUUAUCUUCAUUCAGUACUGUUAUUUCAAGUUUUAUUCAUUAUGGUAUUUCAAAAGUAACUACAUUCUUAUUCUGUUAAGUUGGGAUGUUUCAAAUGAUUCAACUUCACUAGAUUUCUAAUGUAUUCUCAUUUUCUUCAUUCAGUACUGUUAUUUCGGUUAUUUAUUAUGGCAUUUCAAAAGUAACAUGUCAUUUUGAUUAUUUUGGCUGAUGUUUGAAUAGUCCACCUCCACAGUAAUUAUCUGGUAUAUUCUUAUUUUCUACUCUGUUUUUUUUCCAGUUUUAUUUAUCAUGUUAUUUCGAAUGUAGCUACACUGUACUUGUCAUUGUAAGUUAGGUUAAUGUUUCAAGUGGGUCAACUCCGCACUGGGUAUCUGAUGAAUUCAAAUAUUCUACAUGCAGUAAUGUUAUUUCAAGUCUAUUUGAUUAAGUUACUCAAUAGUAGCUACAUGCUUUUCUGAUACUAGUAAUACAAGUUGGGCUGAUAUUUCAAAUGACUCUGAUUCCACUCACAUUGGGUGAUUUCAAGUCCGGUGUUGGCGUUGGUGUUGGUGUUUGAAGCACAAUUUGGAUUGCUUCCCCUAGCUCCAAAACCUGUUCUGAGUUUGUAAAAUUGAUCCAGAUCACAUUAUUGACACCUCCACAACUAGUGAGUGACUUUUCAGGACCAUCUUCAUUUUAUGUUUGGUGUUAUACUCAUGUUUCCUAGGUAAUUGGUUAUAUACCAGCUUGGCGUUUACCAGCAAAACACUGUCCUGCUGAGUUCCUACGAGAGUACCAUAAACAUAAAUGUAAAGAUUGACCUAACACCAACACCGAAAGGUCAACACUGAACUUGAAAUCACCCAACAGAUAUCUCCUGUAUUCAAAUAUUCUAUAUUCAGUAUUUUUAUGCUACAUGGAGUUUUAUUUAUAUUGGUAUUUCUAAAGUAAAUACUGGUCUAUCUGAGUAGCUGUGCCCAUGUUUCAAAUGAUUCAACUGGAUAUGUUGAGGAAAAGAAGCCUGCAAAUAACAAUUUAUAUUUACAAAAACGUCAAGAAGACAAUAAAUGUUGAUAU